CUAGGGAAUGGAGUGGGAGCGAGAGUGAGUCGGGCCGAGUCGUUUGUGCAGGAAGCACGGAAAGUCGAAGAACACGGAGGUUACGGGGCCCGGGGAACACACGUGUUUUUGACAGAAUAUCACCAUGGAUCCCGAGGCUUUCCUGGACCUGGCCAAUCAGGUCACCAAACUGAAAAUGUUUCCUUACUUUGACAUAGCUCACAGUGUCUUGUGUGCUUUACACGUCCGAGAAGACCUAGGUCCUGGGGCACAACAGUUCUCUCGCAAACACCCCAUGUCAUGCUGGCUCUCCACCAUGCUUGUCGUGUUUGCUGGCGGCAUGCUAUGCAACGGUCUGCUCGGUGAACCCAUCCUUGCUCCUCUCAAGAACACACAACAACUCAUGGUUGCCACUGUCGUCUGGUACAUAGUCUUCUACACACCUUUUGACAUUGGAUAUAAAGCUGCAAAAUUUCUACCAGUGAAACUUGCAUUUUCAGCCAUGAAAGAAAUUUAUAGGUGUAAGAAAGUAUAUGACGGAGUUACUCAUGCAGCCAAACUCUAUCCUAACGCUUACAUCAUUAUGAUCCUCAUCGGAACUCUGAAGGGUAACGGUGCCGGAUUCACAAAACUCAUAGAGAGGCUCAUCAGAGGCGUUUGGACUCCGACUGCUAUGGAGUUUAUGCAACCAAGCUUUCCAACAAAAGCCUGCAUUGUGGCCUCUAUAAUCUUUGUGCUUGAUAAGAAGACAGACUUCAUUUCUGCACCACACGCUUUGGUCUACUUUGGCAUUGUUAUCUUCUUUGUUUACUUCAAGUUGUCCUCAAUCCUGUUGGGCAUCCAUGAUCCAUUUGUUCCGUUUGAGAACCUGUUUUGUGCUCUGUUCAUGGGUGGGAUCUGGGACUCCCUGGCCAAGGUUCUGGGUCGUGGCGGUAGGUGCCAAGGAGAGAAGGCCGAUGCCAAGAAAAAAGACUAA